AAACAUUCAAACACUCACAACUUCAAUUUCAACCUUCAAUCAAACUUGCGCUGACCUGACAUGAGGAGGAACGAGUGACGAUUUUCACCUACAUUCAGAAUUCAGAAUUCAGAAUUCAGAAUCAACUUCAGGAUAGUCCCAUCCUCUCCAAAAACGUAAAUCCCCCUCAAUCAAUACAAACCCUCCAUCAUUCCUCAAUUUCGCUCUCUAUCGAUAUCGAGAUUGUUUACUUUGUCAAUACCACGAUCUUCUGACUUCCAGCAAGAACACUCUAUUUCAACUACCCUCAUUCACUUUGCUUCACAAAUUUAUCUGGCUUCAAACUGGGAACGAAUCAAGCGGGCAGCUAUUCUUUAUGUUGUAGGAAAAGCUUACAUCUUGCAAACGAUCGUGCGAACAUCUCUCGAUGCAUAUACGGACAAGACGAAGAUAAAUACAUGAGGGUGUGAAAGGCUGGUUACGAACAAACACUCUUUCUACUAGAAUAGAUAGAAAUAGCUUGUACGGAAAACUUUGGGCACGAACUGGUCACCCCAAUAGAGGCGGACACUGUCAAGGUCAAAGAACUCCUUGCAAUGCUGCCGGAUCCUGUCGACAAUGCCCAAUUACCAAAGGACGUCAAUAUUCCAUCAAUGGGAGAUAUUUCCCGGUCCUCAUCUCGGGCGCGAAAUAAAGGUGGCACCACACCAAUCCCCGUUUCCCCAACCUCAAAACCACGAUUAUGGGCAUCCGACAUCCCCAAGGGCUAUUCAGCUUCAUCUGCCCAAGGAGUAUCAUCGUGGAGCGCCAACUCAGACAAGCAACUGGGUAGCCCAGCAACAUCUACUAACGAUAGAGUAUUUCCAAUCAGAAGUGUCGUGAGUGUCGAUACUACACAGACACCUUAUACGUUUUCAGCUAGAGGCUCCGCUGCUAGUGAAAUGAAUGACUACUUUCCACGUCCUUCGAGUGUGACAAGUAAAGAUGGAGGUAGGAGAAGUGUUACAGAUUCGGAUGGAAAGACAACCCCUCGCCAAAGAAGUCAGACGGAAUCUGGCCCAGACCCGAGGAGAGCAGAUCGCAAGUCCUCUACUUCCACAAGUCGCAGUGAUCACAGAGGCAGUCGUUUGCAACAAUUUCUCGACAAUACAUCUGAUAGAUCUGCUACUACACAUGCUUCAAGCGCCCGAGGUACAGGAGAUCUAUCAUCGAUGGGGAAUAUGUCGGCUGGCGAAGAUGAUGGGGUUGGCGGGCUAGUAACCGCCAGAUUCAAGCAUAUUGUGACUUCGGAAGGGCAUGCCAUCAUUACUGGACGUGAUGGAGAUGUCUUGCAAACAUGCGAGGAUGAACCGAUUCACAUCCCUGGAGCUGUUCAAGGUUUUGGUUUACUAAUCGCAUUAUCAGAACACGACGAUGACCAGCUUUUGGUUCGUAUUGUCAGUGAAAAUUCUCAGCGCCUGAUUGGAUAUACUCCCCAAGAGCUUUUUCGAUUAAAUAGCUUCCUGGACAUUUUGAGCGAGGAACAGCAAGUGAGUCAUUUAGGCGAACCCAUUUUGAGAGCUUUUUACUUACCAUGCUAGGAAAACCUUCUUGAUCACAUUGACUUUAUUCGCGAUGAUGAUGCCGAUCCUGCAUCAAAUGGCCCAGAAGUUUUCACCGUCUCGAUUCGGCAUCCCAAAACUCGUAAAUCUAGGAAACUAUGGGUUGCUAUGCACAUAAACCCUGUUGACCCCGAAAUGAUCAUUUGCGAGUUUGAGCUUGACGAUGAUCAACUGUACCCUCUCGUUCCCGAACAGGAGGAGACGCCAGAACCCCCAGAGGACACGCUCAACAGUAAUCCAACAAAAGAGGAAUUUGAUGAGAGCACGAUUAAUACAAGCAAACCACUUCGGGUACUGAGGAAUGCUCGCAAGCGUAAAGGCGAAGCCGCAGCUAUGGAGGUCUUUAAUAUCAUGUCUCAGGUGCAAGAACAGCUCGCCACAGCGCCAAAUUUAGAGCUCUUUCUAAAAAUUCUUGUAGGCGUGGUUAAAGAAUUGACGGGUUUCCACCGAGUAAUGAUUUAUCAAUUUGAUGCUUCGUAUAAUGGCCGGGUGGUUACAGAGCUUGUUGACCCCCGAGCGACCAAGGACUUUUAUAAAGGACUCAAUUUCCCGGCGUCAGAUAUCCCUAAGCAAGCUCGAGAAUUAUACAAAGUCAACAAAGUCCGACUUCUUUAUGAUAGAGAUUUAGAAACGGCACGACUCGUUUGCCGUGGCAUCGAGGAGCUUGAAAAACCUCUUGAUCUGUCAUAUGCUUAUCUUGUAAGUUCUUUACCACCAGACCUGAGUAGUCUUAAACCAGACAUCCUCCAAUCCCUACUAAUAUCUCAUAGCGAGCGAUGUCACCUAUCCACAUCAAAUAUCUCAGGAAUAUGGCAGUUCGAUCGUCAAUGUCUAUUUCUAUAAAUGCUUUCGGCGAAUUGUGGGGCUUGAUCGCUUGCCACACAUACGGUGUGAAAGGAAUGCGAGUGUCUUUUCCUAUUCGAAAGAUGUGCCGGCUCGUCGGUGACACUGCAUCAAGGAAUAUUGAGAGAUUAUCAUACGCUUCACGACUCCAAGCUCGCAAGCUUAUCAACACUGCACCAACAGAAGCUAAUCCUUCUGGUUACAUUAUAGCAUCAUCUGACGACCUCUUGAAAUUGUUCGAUGCUGACUUUGGACUUCUCUCGAUUCAAGGAGAGACGAAAAUAUUGGGCAAGGUCGACCAAUCCCACGAGGCACUUGCCAUGCUGGAAUAUAUGCGCAUGCGCAAGCUAAAAACUGUGAUGACCUCGCAAGAUGUCAAACAAGACUUUCCUGAUCUUAGAUACGCCCCAGGAUUCAACGUUAUUGCAGGUUUACUUUUGGUGCCAUUGAGCUCAGAAGGGGAUGACUUUAUUGUCUUUUUCCGGUCUGGACAAAUAAGAAACGUCAAAUGGGCUGGUAAUCCGUAUGAAAAAUUUAUCAAGGAAGGUACUGAGGGAUAUUUGGAGCCCAGGAAAAGCUUCAAGACAUGGAAUGAAACUGUAGUUGGGAAAUGCCGUGAAUGGACGGAGGAACAGGUCGAGACCGCUGCUGUGCUCUGUCUUGUUUAUGGAAAGUUUAUCGAAGUAUGUUCAAUCCUUGUCACUGAGUUAUCUUAGUUUUACUGACAUCAAAAUCUAGGUCUGGCGUCAAAAGGAAGCUGCAUUGCAGAGCAGUCAGCUUACACGACUACUAUUAGCAAAUUCAGCCCAUGAAGUCAGAACUCCCUUGAACGCCAUCAUAAAUUACCUCGAGAUUGCCCUCGAGGGUGCAUUAGACCAAGAGACAAGAGAAAACCUAGCCAAAUCACACUCUGCUUCUAAGUCAUUAAUUUAUGUCAUCAACGAUUUGCUGGAUUUGACAAAAACCGAGGAGGGCAAGGAUUUGAUCAAAGACGAAAUUUUCGAUCUUCCUGCCGCAAUACGAGAGGCUACUGACUUGUUCAAUGGCGAUGUUAAGCGUAAGCGUAUUGAAUAUGCCGUAGUUGAGCAUCCUGGUGUUCCACAAUUCGUGCAUGGCGACCAAAGACGUGUCAGACAAGCAGUUGCUAAUAUCACAGCAAAUGCUAUUCAGCAUACGUCAAACGGUUUUGUUCGCGUUGAUAUCUGGUUACAAGAAAUAACAGAUAACAAAGUGAACAUUGAGAUUGUGGUGGAAGACUCUGGUGCUGGCAUGUCGAACCAAAAACUUGAUACGCUUUUUCGAGAUCUCGAGCAAGUUGAUGGUGAUCCUUUGUGUGAUGAUGUAGAGGGGAAUGAAAAAGCCCUCGUCGAUGGUAAGCGUACCAUUGGUCUAGGUCUGGCAAUGGUAGCUAGAAUUGUCAGGAACAUGGACGGUCAACUGCGAUUGAAGUCGGAGGUGGGCAAAGGAUCGCGAUUUGUCAUUCAAUUACCUUUUUGGCUUCCUGAUCUACAGAAUUCUGGAAAUCAGGAGAAGGCUGCAUUCUUAAAUACGGCAUCUAUCUCGCCCCCGAUUGCGUCGCCACCUCCCGUAGGUACUGGUGAGGUGACUCUUGUUGAAAAAGCAAGCUCCGUCAGACCAAGUAUCGAUUCUUCAAUCGUCCGCAGGCGAAGCGUAGAAGAGAUUGCUAGUUUGCAUAGCUUUAAAAGUAAUAACAGCAGCAAAGCUAGCGCGAGAAGCGACGUGGAUCGAUUAAUUGAUGCUAUCUCUGGCCCGAUUGGCAAUGGAUCGGGGGAGCCUUUGCAACAUGUUAGUAGCAGAGACCGACAUAGUAUUAACAGUGCACCUAUGCCUUCAAGUUCGGGUCGACCUGAAGCUCUGAGGCGCUCGACGUCUUACCAAGCCCCUGAUGAUUUUAGAUUACAGGACGCCCGUACCCCGGGAGCCGAGAGUAUAUGCGAUAGCAGAACACCUAUAAGAGCUGUUAGGAUGCCGGAUGAAUUCUCGGAAAAUACAAACGACAUAAGUGCUUCUCUAGUUGCAGCAAAGGUGAAAUUUAACCUCCAAACACCAUCUUCACAAAACAAAUCACGCAAAGUUGCACUUGCAGUUGAUGAAACUGAACCUGCACCAGCGUCCACGUCACUCAAUACAGAGCAUUUGAAGGUUUUAGUCGCCGAGGAUGAUCCUGUCAAUAGUCGCAUUAUCAAUAAGAGGUUAACAAAAGGUGGUCAUGAAGUCUACCACACCAUAAAUGGGGAAGAAUGUGCAAGUGCUUAUGGAGAUAACGUCACUAACUCUUCUAAGUCGACCGCAACAUCUUCAUCGGCGGACACUCGUUUUGAUGUAGUACUUAUGGAUAUGCAAAUGCCCAUAGUUGAUGGACUUACCUCGACAAAGAUGAUUCGAUCGUUUGAAAAAAUUCACCUUGACCUUUCCCCUCGAGCGAAGCUCAAUGGUAGAGUACCUAUAUUUGCCGUUUCAGCUUCUCUGGUUGAACGUGAACGUCAGACAUAUAUUGAUGCUGGUUUUGAUGGCUGGGUAUUGAAACCCAUCGACUUCAAACGUCUCAACGUAUUACUCGAAGGGAUCGUUAAUAGCAAGGUUCGAGAAUCAUGCUUGUACCAACCAGGGGAAUGGGAAUGUGGAGGUUGGUUUCAUAAAAUGCAACCAUCAGCAUUACAAUCUUUAACUGUACCCUCCAACGAAACGCCAGUCCAAAAUCCUCCUGAAAAAGGACCUGAGGCUCUUCAGCCUGAUAAGGAUACACUCGACGGCGGUACUUCACCAUCCAGGGAUGAUAAGAAAAGGCCAUUGAUAUAUGACGAGAGGCUUAAUUCUACAAACGAGGCGCUCAAUGCUACUACUGAAGUCGAUGCGGGUCCUCAUAAUGAUCUUUCAACCACAGCUGAAAGACCUGUGGCAGAUGUUAGCAAUGAAGAAGGUGCACCUACUAUCAAGGAGCCUCUUAUUGAUGGUGUUGGUGAAAGCACUGAACCUGACAUUGUGGGUACUGCAGUUGCUGGCACGGAUGUUCAAAUCGGUACAGAGAGCAAUCCUAAAGAAGUUGAACAGGAUGGUCAGCCAGCCGAUGGUACUGAGAUUGAUGAGCCAACAGCAGAAAGUUCCACAGAUUCUGAGCUUCCCAAGUCGACAGAUGAGCCGGCUUGAUAAGAGACCUUUGUCAUUAAUGGAAUGAUAUUUUACUAUUUUCUUUUUCGAGUUUUGUCUUAAAAAUUAUUUUCCCUAACGUCAUGACUGAUUGAACCAUGAGUUUUGGCGGUUAGGAGUUUUACGCACAUAUACAGGGUGGCAUACCCUUUGAUUUCACAGAUUGGAGCGGGAGUUUUUUUGGAGUACGACCGUACUGUGUACGAGAUUUUUAGAGAGACUUAUGAUAAUCUUUCAUUUGUUAUCAUGCUUACAGGGAAGAAUAACGGGAAUGUAAGCUUCAAGGCUUCAAAAAGAAGCAAGGACACCACUCCGUACCUUUUUUAAUGAAAGAUUGCGAAUUUGGUAAGCUACAAAAAGGAGGUUUUAUUUAUUGCAUAUCUGCAUGGUUUGCGUGUUGAAUUGAGCGAGCGAUAAAAUGACGCACGCGUUUGAUUUUAUGUAUAUUAUUCUUUCUUAAAAUUUUGAUGGAAGACAAUGGAUGAUGUGAUGCGUAGGAAAGGAUGGUUUAGUUGAAAUGGCACACUUCGGGGAGUGAUUCUGUGGGAGGGUAGAGGAAUAGUGGGGGUG